AGAUCGGUUUGGAGAGGUCAAAGGUUCAAGUGUACUAUGCCCUGAUAUUCCAAAUAGUACACAAAAGCCUCACAUGUGUGAAACACAGAGCCGAACCCUACAUCUGCUUGAAGUUGAGUGGUGCAAUGGACGACCCAGACACGCCAACAACGGACGGUCCCCUUCGUGUGCACUCGAGCAGGGGUGAACCAGUUUACUGCAUUCACAAUACUAGUAUAAGAUUUUGUUGACCGAACCAGACACCACUCUCCCGUCGUCUGCGCGAUUAAAAGGUGUAGGAAGACGCAUCCACAAUUGAAGAUUCUUUCGCUACAACCUACAAAAAAUUCAGAUAUCUAUCAGAAAAUUUGCUCAUAUAUAACAGUUGCACUUCUUGAAAUAUGAUAAGGAAAUUGCUAUUUCGUAAUCCUAGAAGACUGUUGCUAAUAGUCUUGUUCCUUGCGUCUUCGAGUUACUUGUACCUUUCGUUGACUCUUAAAUGUCUGGUACAAGAUGAGCAAACUAAGGCACGAGAUCUGUCUGAACUUGUGAGCGAACCGUCGGAGCAGAAAUCAGGAACACCAGCAUUCCCAGCGGCUCACAGGCGAACUGCAGUCGUAAUAGUCGCUCCAAUGCGAAGUGGAUCGACGUUCGUUGGAGAACUGUUCAACCAACACUCUGACGCCUUCUACGUCUUCGAACCGUUUUGGGCCGUUGAGAAUUAUGCAAACAAAACUUACAGCAACGCUCUAGAAAUGAAAGUCGCAUUCCUAAAAGGAAUAUCAUCAUGUAAAUUUGGUGACAUUCGGGACAUCAUGAGAUAUUACCUCACAACUAAAGGCAUGGGAGUUUAUAAAACUUGUAAAACAAUAGACAAUAUGUGUGCAAGGUAUAGAAACCAAACGAAAGGAAAGAUCACAGUGGCUCAGAGAUGUCCAGUACCGCCUAACUUGCUACCAAACGUCCUGAGGUCUACUUGCGAAUCAAAACAAUUCACGGCAAUAAAAACAAUACGACUGGACGAUGUGACGCAUCUACAACCACUACUACAAGACAGGGAGUUGGACUUUAAGAUUAUCCAACUGGUGAGAGACCCAAGAGGAGUCAUAUCUUCACGAAUCGCUUUGAGUCGGAAGAACGUCUCUCUCCUACAGUCGACUCUGAACACCAAAGUGGACAGGGAAGAAGUACGGGAACUCUGUGACAGCAUGGUGCGGAACGCACAGCCCUACAAGACCGAAGAGAGCUGGGUUCGGGGCCGGUACGCUUUGGUACGGUACGAAGAUGUUGGCCUACAACCUCUGGACAUGAUGGACAAAUUAUACAACUUCAUCGGCGUUAAACCACAGGCAAACAUCUCAGAAUGGAUCAAAGCACACACCAAAACAGCAAAGAGGAAGAGAGAUAGAAACGACCCAUUUGGAACCAUCAAAGACCCCGUACAGGCGUGCAACCAGUGGCGGCUGAAAUUGACGUUAGAUGAAGUUAAACUGAUACAGUCCCAAUGUCAGGAAGCCAUGUCCAUGUUUGGUUACAAAGACGUUAUUUCCGCAAAGCAAAUGAGUAACAAAUCUGUCGAUCUUUACGAUAUAAGAACAUCUAUAGUUCUCUAGUAUCAUAUUUAUUGCUCAGCUUCAUUGUAUCUAAGCCGCUUUAGGACAUUUUGAAAUGCUAUAGGUUCUCCCAGUAACAUAUUACGACCUAUAUGUGUCACUCAAAUGGAUACUUUAAUAGAAUCAAUGGUUGGCAAUUCAAAAGGAAUAAGAAAACAGAGCGGAAGGUAGAAAUAGUGAACUUAGAGCUGAUAAGGGCAAAAUAUAUAGAUGACAGUUCAUGUAUAGAUGUGCUGAUCAUGGCCAUGUUUGAAUGCUUUGUAACACUACAUGUAUGGAACAUGCAAUCACUGGAAUAUAUGUUGCCAUAGUAAUUAAACCUUGUGAAUUAGAAGAGAAUGGCCACAGUAGACAAGUGGUCACUACAGGCAGGGGUUUUAGUGCUCAAGUGAAUGGUCUGAAAAAUAACAUGAGAGCACAGAAAUGCUCUAUUUAAGUAUAUCGCCUUUUGUUGUAUUGUUUGGAGUGGAUGUCUGUGGGAAUGAAUGAAAAGCAGGACAAUUCGUGUUUA